AUGGAGCCGUCAGAUGCUACCUUGAGCUCGCCAACUUUUGCAGCGCGUGUUAGUCCUGGUAACAUCCGCACACUCAUUUUAGAAAAGGAAAAAGAGUUACAUGACAUUAAUGAGUAUCGAAUUCGCACAUUAGAAGCACUCUUACGAGACAAGGAGAUCACCACUUCUGCUGCGAAACAAAAGCUGAGUAAGCUACAAGAGGAUUUCAAGUAUAAUUUAAAACUAUUGGAAGGACGAGAUGAAGAGUUAGCAUUGUAUGAUACCAACUUUGCCAAUUUAAAAAAUGUAUUACGGGAUCGUGAAAUUGAGUUGAGUGAAAGCAAAGUGCGAGAGGCUGAAACUCAGGCAGAAUUAAAGCAAAUGAAACAGAAAGCAAGCGAUACGGAAGUAAUUUAUCAGCAAAAGCUUAAAGAUGCUCGAGCUCAAAUUGAGGGCGCAAGAUGGAAGUUUGACGAUGCAUUGCGACAUCAAGAAGAAGCGAUGGAGUCUUUGAGACGGAAGUUGGAACGAUCGAUGAAUGAGAAAGAAGAAGAAAUGGAUACUUUACGAAGGGAGUUGACUGUAACAUUUGAUGAUUCAAUGAGAAAGCGGGAAAUAGAAUUCCAACAAACAAGUGAAGAACUUAAAAGUCACUUAAGAGAAGUCGAGUUAUCAAAUAAGGCGUUAGCAAGAGAUAUCAAUGUUCAACGCGAUAAAGUUGAGGAAUUGACGAUAAAGAAUGAAAAUAUACAGCAAUUGCUUCGGGAUAAAGAGAAGGAAUUGAAAUCAAUUGAAUGGACUUCAGCGGAUGUAAAAGCUGCAAAAGAUGUGAAAAUUGGGGAAUUGGAGAACGAAGUCGCCAGAUUAAAUGAAGUUAAGCAAAAUUUGCUGGAUGAGUAUGAAAAGAAAAUGGCUGAAUUGUUGCAGUCGCUGCAUGCAGUAGAGAAGGCAUUUGUACACCAAAAGAAGCAAUAUGAAGAGGAACUACAGAAGGAAAUAGGGCGGAAGAAGUUCGAGUUGAAUGACUCGAACUUUCGGUAUGAAGCAAAGAUAGAAAAUUUGGUUGGAAGGCUGGGUGAAAGUGAAAAACGGGUAGAAGCACUUCAAGCUGAAUUGAAACAAGCUAAGUGGGAUGCAGAUGAUAGAGCGAUGGAAAAAGAGCGUGAAGUGGACCGUGUGAAGAGCGCGUUACACGAACUGGAAGCUGAGCAAAAUCAUGUGAAAAAUGAGCUGCAAAAGCAACUUCGUGCACAGGAUCGAGAGAUGCAGAUCCUUCAGGAAACUCUGCACGAAUCGCAACGGCAAAUUGCUUUACUAAAAGAUAAAGACAAGACACAGCGUGACGAACUGCUUGAGGGUAUAGAAAAGCAAGAAGAUCUACAGCGCGAGCUUCGUUUUGUUCAAGAACGUUGGGAAAAGCGGUGGGAACAACAGCAACAGGAACUGGAUGAGCGACAUGACCUUCAGAUUCGUGAGUUAAAACAAGCAAAACAGCGCUUGGUGAGUCAAAAAGAAGCUGUUGAGAAGCGGUUAGCUCAAGCAGAAAUGGAGACGCAACGACUUUGUCGUGAGCUGUCUACUCUUCAAUCUAGUGCUCGUACAUCUGAGUCAAUUGGCUCACAGUUCGUGGCAUCAAAGGCCAGACAUAAAGGAGACGCACAUCAUUCAUCCGACUCAGUUCCUGUUGCUCCCUCACCACUUUGGAGUGACGAUCCAGGCACCUUUUCUCCAGUUCCUGGAAUGUCGCCAUUGCUUACAGACAGCCCUCAAAUACGAGGUAAAUCUGUGGCUGGCACCAGUGCGAAUUCAUUAGAACUUGAAAAUGCGAAAUUGCGCGACAUAAUUCGCCAAAUGAAAGAAUCACUUGCUCAUCAAGCUGACAAGAUGGAAGCAUCACCAGGGCAUUCCAGCGGAAGUCAAACUACCUCCGAUCUUACCGCACAGUUAAAAGAAACACAAGAACGCUGCGUCGCACUUGAAACAAAGCUAAAUGAGAACAACAAAAAUGGUCUUAAUUUGCAGCUUGAGAGUUGUAAGCAAGAGCAGUUAGAAGCACAACGAGUUAUCGAAGCAAAAAACACGCAGAUUGCAGAGUUUGAAAAUCAAAUACAAAAGCUUGAGGAAGCGCAAGUUGCAGAAUCAAAUACGCAAGCGGCUCAAGUGACUGAUUUGAAACGAAAGCUUGAAGCUGCCAAUUCUGAUAUUGACCGUCUUGUUCGCGAACGCAGCCAGUUGAUGGAACUAAGCAACCAGCUCCGAGCUGACUUGCGUCGAAUUGGAUCUGAAUCCGGAUCAAAACCAUCAAAAAAUCGAAUGGACUCUGCUGGUGAACGUGACCAGGAAAGUAUCAUUGCAGAUCUCACGCAAUCGUUAGAUGAGGCUCGUAUUCACAACAAGACGCUGAAGAAAGAACUUCGUCGCAUGGUCAAGGCACACGUACAACUCCAAGAGGGUCGAGAGAUUGACGACAGAGGCACAAAGAUCAAAGAAAGUGAGCACAUUCCAGCAGAUCCUGAAAAACGGCGAUCGAGUACUUUAUCGAUGAUGAAGGCGCUCAAUUCUGGAUCUUCUCGACCAAAGCCUCAAGCAAGUACAACGAUACGCUUAGUACUUGAUCGUGUAAACGAUGAGGUGACUAAGAAAAAGGGUUCGGAUGAAGAGGUGCAAGGUCCGGUGCAAAAUAAACGAUCGAGUACUCAAAGUCAAAUAGCGGAAGCAUGUGAUAAGCCAUUAUCAAACUCAGACCAUGAAACGGAGAGUAAUGUUAAGGCGAGUAAUUCGACUGGAAAUGAUAAUGAAGGUCGUUUUCUGGAAAAUGAACAUCAAUCUUCAAAGAGAAAGAAUAUAAUCGAAGGUCAAAGAGGAAGUGAAAAGGAUAUCGUGAUGAUCGGCAGAUCUAGCUCGAAAGUCACAGAUGCUCGAUUGAAGUUACAACAAGCGAAGGAAAUGCUUUUAUUAUCUGGUAAGCGAGCUCCAGUUGCGGGAUCUCGUAGUACUUCUACAACUUUAUCUGCAGCAACACGAUUGAGUGAUCGCGAAACAAAUAGCCAGCGAUCUGCUGUCAAAAAACUUCAGCAAAUGCAGUCGAAACGAGCUGAAAUGGCGACUGAACGCAAGAAUGUGCGGAAUUACAAUCUAGCGUAA